GUCAUUCCCUUCCCGCGUGUUAUCUGAGUGAAGUAGUUUACUUGUUAUCGACAGUGAAGAAUGUUGUGAUUUCGCUGUUUUAAUAGUUUUAACUAAAAAUGUGUAUUUUAAUGAAUAAUAAUUCUUUUAUAAAGAAAGUGUAAACGUGCUUAAAAUUACACAGUAAAAAAAUAAAGUGUUAACGUACCUACUCAAAGGGAGAAAGUAAAAAAGUGUCAAAAUAAUUUAGGCAAAAAAAUCUUCUAAAUAUGACAACAUCAACACCAACUGCGAAUACACAACAAAUUCCAAAUUUAAAUGGUCACGUUUCGAAUACGAAAGUGGCGGCAAAAGUGAAAAAGGCGCGAAGUUUCAUGGAGCUGUCGUGCAAAUCUUCGGGGAGUACCCUGAAAAGUGUUGGGAGGAAUGAUCGAAGGGUGCUGGUCAUAUAUACUGGUGGUACCAUUGGUAUGGUGAAGAAUAGAAAUGGUGUACUAAUACCUCAAAAAGGCGCUUUCGAAAAUCUCAUAAGAGGAUACCCACAACUACACGACAACACAUUUUGGCGGCAAAGACUGAGCGAAACUGACUUUGACACUUCCUUGUUGGUGUUACCAGAGGUGAAGGAUUUUGACAUAAGAAUAUUCUACAAAAUAAUAGAGUAUGAGACUCUACUGGAUUCGUCGAACAUGUCGGAGGCGGAGUGGGUACAGAUCGCUGAAGAUAUCAUGAGUCACUAUGAGAAGUACGACGGGUUCGUGGUGCUGCACGGCACCGACACGUUGUCCUACACGGCAUCAGCGCUGUCCUUCAUGUUUGAGAACAUCGGAAAGUCCAUCGUGCUCACUGGCUCUCAGAUUCCAAUAUUCGAGCCGAGAAGCGAUGGUUCAGACAAUUUCGUGUCCUCGCUGUUGAUAUCCGGCGGCUUGAACAUUCCGGAAGUCACCAUAUAUUUCGGCGGGAAACUCUUCAGAGGCAACAGGACAAGCAAGAUCUCAGUGAACAAUCUCUUCGCCUUCGACUCACCGAACUGUGUGCCGCUGGUGGAGGUGGGCAUCGACUUCCAAGUGAACAAGAAGGCGAUCUUCAAGCCCACCGUCAUAGAGAAGUGCCAGCUUCACAACAGAAUGUCCAAGAACGUUGGCCUACUGCGAAUAUUCCCAAGCAUCAACUCAUCUGUGAUCAAGGCUUUCUGCCAGCCGCCUAUUGAAGGUGUUGUGAUAGAGAGCUACGGCGCUGGUAACAUUCCGUCGAACCGUGAGGAUAUCAUCAACGAGUUGCGUGCGGCUGUCCACAGAGGCGUCAUAUUCGUCAAUAUCACGCAGUGUCCUAGAGGUGGCGUGGAGGCCGGCAUGUAUGAGACUGGAGUGCUUAUUACCGAAUGCGGUGUAGUAUCUGGGUACGACAUGACACCGGAGGCGGCUCUGACCAAGUUGUCGUAUGUACUCACUAAGACUGAACUCACGUAUAAAGAGAAGGUUGAGAUGAUGGCGACAAACAUAAGAGGUGAACUGACUAACACAUCAUCCAUACCUGUUGAGGAUAAUACUCUCAUAGACGCGUUAGCUGUAAGCCUUAACAUUCAAUCACCAAAGCAGCUCAUAGAAGUUACAGAGAAAGUAUUUAGUGCGUUGCUACUGAAUGCCAUAGAACACGACGAACUCAGAACUAUCAAGAAGAUGUUAGAUAUGGGCGCUGACGUGGAUGCGCCGGAUUCUGAAGGAAGAACAGCGCUACACGAGGCAAUUUUAAAAGAGAAUCUCCCGAUCAUAGAGUUCCUAUUGAAAAACGGUGCCAAUGUUCAUAUGAAAACAAGGUGUGGAGAAUCCCCGCUACUCACAGCCAUCCAUACCGACAACCACAAAAUAAUAACGCUGCUGAUGCAAUGCGGGGCGCAUCUUGCCAGUAUGGACGCGAAGCCGAUAGCUGAACUGCUGUCCAUUGCCGCGAGGACCGGUGUUCUGACCAAAUUUCAAUCUCUGAAGAUCGCUGGAGCUGAUCUUAGUAUGCAGGACGAGAUGAAACAGACUGCUUUGCAUAAGGCCGUGCUCUGCAACCAUCCACAAGUGGUGGAGUAUUUACUGGAGCAAGGUGUCCAGGAUAUGACGGACGUCGUCGGCUUCACCGCACUGGACUACGCCAAGAAACUCAACAAUGCAGACAUGGUAGCAUUGCUCAAUAAAAAUAAUGUUACUGCUGUUAUAAAUGUCAGCGCAGAUGGUUGUGUGAUAUUAUGAUGCAAGAUAAACU